UCCGGAAGUGAUUCUUUUGUACUUAAUAACUUUUAUUAUGUAUAUUAGUGUCAGAGAUUAAAUAUAAUCACAUUUAUUUUCCUAAUUAUAUUAUCCGCAACACCAUAGACUUGUAGGCUACUGAGGUUGCUGAUGGUGUUAAGGGGCGCCUCCCUUGAAUCCAGCUUGGAUGGUGUUAAGGGGCGCCUCCCUUGGAUCCAGCUUGGAUGGUGUGCAGGGGCGCCUCCCUUGGAUCCAGCUUGGAUGGUGUUAAGGGGCGCCUCCCUUAGAUCCAGCUUGGAUGGUGUUAAGGGGCGCCUCCCUUGGAUCCAGCUUGGAUGGUGUUAAGGGGCGCCUCCCUUGGAUCCAGCUUGGAUGGUGUGCAGGGGCGACUGCCGUGGAUCCAGCUUGGUUGGUGUGCAGGGGCGACUCCUGAGGAUCCAGCAUGGUUGGUGUGCAGGGGAGACUCCCGUGGAUUCAGCUUGGAUGGUGUGCAGUGGCGACUCCCGAGGAUCCAUCUUGGAUGGUGUGCAGGGGCGACUCCCGUGGAUCUUGUCACUUGAAAUGUCAAAAUUGAUGGCACUUGUAUUUCUGGGAGGUGACGGUAACAGAAGGCGCCAUAAUAUUCCAAGGGUAUUUAGAGAUAGAAUGAAUCCCCUCGACGUAAUGAACGAUCAUGAAAUUAUUAAGAAAUAUCGGUUGGACAGAGAUGCAAUUCUUGAAAUAUGUGCACAAACUCAACAACAUCUAGUAAGGCCAACAAGUCGCAGUCAGUCACUUCCGGUUUGCCUGCAGGUACUUGUUGCAUUGCGAUAUUACGCUACCGGAAGUUUCCAGUCAGUACUCGCGGAUGGGCAUGGGAUAUCUAUUCGCUCGGUUUCAAGAAGCAUUCACGCGGUAUCUAAAGCCCUAACGAGACAAGUGCCCCGGCAAAUAAAAUUUACAACUACACGUGCAGAACUUACAAGAACGAAGCAACUAUUUCAUGAUAUAAGCGGCUUUCCCAAUGUAAUUGGUGCCGUUGAUGGCACGUAUGUCUCCGACUGAAGAUGAACAUUUGUAUGUGACUGUCUAGAAAGGGAUUUCAUGCAAUAAAUGGUCAGGGUAUAUGUAGUGCUGACAAUUUAUUCAUAAAUAUAGUUGUUCGUUGGCCAGGGUCAACACAUGACUCUUUCAUAUGGAAUAGCUGUGAAUGUGUACGUAUGAUGUGUACGAAGAAUUGGAUUUACAGAAUGCAUGGCUUUUGGGCGAUAGUGCGUACCUGUUGAGGAAAUACCUCCUAACACCAUUACCUACUGCAAACACAGAGGCUGAACGAAGAUAAAACGUCGCUCACAAACGUACACGGUGUGUGAUUGAACGUACUUUCGGGAUUUGGAAAAUGAGAUUCCGAUGUUUCCACAAGUCCGGUGGGUACAUGACGUACACGCCAGUCAAGUGUGCCAAGAUUUAUCUGCGGUGGCGGUUCUUCACAACAUUUGUGUUUCGAGAAAUCUGCCUUUCAUCGAUGACAAUGAUGACCGUGUUGACGACAAUGAUAAUGACAACAAUGGCGAUGACAACGACGGAAAUGAUGGGGAAAAGAACAAUAACGAAGAUGGUAGACAGACACGCAAUAACCUUAUUCGCGAGACGUUUUCACGCUAAUUAAAUCUAGAACAUGUACUCGUAACGUCUACAAUCAUAAAUGUUUGCUAUGAAAUUGGCGUUUUGAUGAUCACAACCAUGGUUUAAUGUACAUUAAGCAAGUUUAUAGAUAUAUGUCACUGUGUGGCGGGGAACGUCCCAUUAAUGAUUACAGUUGCAGUAAGAAAUAUUGUUAUUUCAAUGUGGAACUGUAUUGCUCUGUAAAACUAGAACAAAACAUGUUAUGUUCUGUUUCCGUUCUGUUCCUAAAGUGUUUAGAAAAACACACAAGGAAAUAUGUCCAUUCAUGCUUUACUUAUGGUUAUACUUU